CACGCACUGAGUGCAAGUAUCCCGGAUUUGAAUUGGUGGAUGGUGGUGCUUUUCGGCCAAUCACUGAACAUUUCAUUGGGCAGUCAGACGCUUCACUUGCACUAGUCCAACAGUGUGUUCAAGGCUUUCUCGGUUCAGGAAGGAGAAAACGCUGUGGCAGCAUGGGUGUGUUAUCCACUCUGAUGAGGGGCCUGGUAAGAGGAGCGGACAGAAUGGCAGAGUUCACUAGCAAGCGUGGAUCAAGAACUCAUAAUAAAGGCAGGGGUUCAAGGCCCACUGGACUGAGGCUCUCCAGCAGAAAGUUUCUAACCAUCAGAGCCAUGAUUCCUGAGUUUGUGGUGCCUAAUUUAGAGCGAUUCAAACUGAAACCUUACGUCUCAUAUCGCUGCCCCAAAGGAACAGAGCCUCCACUCACUGUGCAGAGUGUGUUUGCUGAGGUGGUGGCCCCUCAUAUCAGGAAAGACUUUGAAGACGGCUCUUUCAGCAAACAGCAGUUGGAGAAAUACGGAUUUGAGCCCACACAGGAAGGAAAGCUCUUCAAGUUGUACCCCAAGAACUAUGUGCGUUAAAGAUUGUUUCAGUGUCAUGUAUUUUACAAGGAAAGGCACAAACUGCUAAUAAAUUAGAGACUGAAAGCUGCAGACUAACUGACAUGACACUCAUCACACCGGGGAAGAAAAUCCAAUAUAAACCUGAGGGGCAGAAUUGUUUGGUCAUUGUAAACAUCAGUUGAACAGUUUGAGCUGAUCAUCAUUUACAUGUCAAAACUUAAUCAAAGGUUCUCUACUUCAAAUGAAUGUCUGUUUGUCCAAGUUAAAUAUUCACAGUGAAACUUUUAUGUUCUCAGUGUAAUUUUAUUGUUCAGGAACUAAAAUGAACUUAACCAGCAAUAAAACGGACAUCCUAUCCAUUUGCAUUUACUACAGUACUGAAGCUUCCGAAAUCAUCACAUGGUGAUGAUCACCAUCUCAGAUUUCUGUAGUACAGACUGGCAUAACUCAGAACAAAUGCAAAAAGGGGUUCUCUAGAGGAGGUUCAUUACAAGGGAGUCUUGAAACCAGCCACCAUCCAGUUAGUCUGUGCUAAAAUAAACCCUGUCAAAACAUUUAA